CAAAGAGUGUGUACACUACACAGCAACAAAAGUUUCAGAAAUAGUUCCUCUUGAAUUAGUGCUAAUCAAGUGAAUGUUCUUCCUCUAAACUUUUUUAAAAGCAUCCUAGAUAACUGAUAGAAUGGCAAGACUCGUUCAACCACCGCCAAAGUACGUCCCUGAAGAAUGGCACGCCUCAAAUCAUCUACAGUAUUUCACUGCCGAGAAAGAACGUGCUGCCGCAGAGAGGCUUCGUGAUGAAAGCGAAAGACUGCGAGUUGAGAUUGAAGUUCGAACUGUAGAGACUCAGCAAGAUGUCAACAAGAAACUCGAGCAACGUAUAAACGAUAUUGAUUUCUGGAAAUCCGAAUUAGACAACCAACACCAGGCGACUUCAAACGAGAUUGAAACGAUGCUUCAUUUCAAAAGCCGGCUAGCUAAAGCUUUGGCUGACACUGAACUACCCUUGAUGAUAGCCCAACAAUGCCUUGUCAACAGAGAAAAGCGACAAGGAGUUGAUCUCGUUCAUGAUAAUGUUGAAAUGCAGUUGUUGAAGGAAGUUGAAGUUAUUGAAGGUGUACAAGCUUUACUAAAAAGAACCAUUGAACAGGCCACAGAGCAGACAAGACUCCUGAGAUCAGCCAAAUACUACCUGGAGAAAGACAGGAAAGAUAAGUUUCAAGCUAACAACAUUGACAAUACAUGUGCAUCACUCCACAAUGAAUCCCAGGGGCUGGGAUAUGCGAGAGACCCUGUUAAAAUUGAAAAAAAUUCUGUGACUCCAGAAGAAUGGGAAGAAUUCUCAAAUAAAAAUUUAUUAAAGGCUGAGCGUGAGAAUAACUCCUCCUGCAACCUGCGAAGUAUCAUAGAUGGUAUCUUGAUGCAGAGUUUAGAUGAUCUUCAGAAACAAUGUCGUGCUGUAAACUUAGCUUUUGAACACAGAAUUGAAGAAACCCAGAAGUCAAAGACAAAACUAGAAGAUCACUUAAUCAAGGUCAAAGAAGAGAUCGCUGCCAUGGAAGAGAACAUUGCAACUCUAAAAAGAGCCAUUGCAACAAAACAAGCACCAAUGAAAGUAGCUCAAACUCGAAUUGAGAACAGAACAACUCGUCCUAACAUAGAACUGUGCAGAGACAGGGUGCAAUAUCGUCUUGUCAGUGAAGUGGUGGAAAUCAGCACAAACAUUGAAAGACUACAAGAGAAACUUGCUGAAGCAGAAUCAUCAUUGAAGGGUCUCAUCCGAAGGCAGUUAUCACUUGAGGAGGAUAUUGACAUCAAGGCCAAUACCCUGUUUAUUGACCGGGAUCAGUGUGUUGAACUGCGCAAACAGAUCAACCAUUUACCCCAUUAAAUGAAUUAAUAAUGGAUUAAUAAUAUCUGACGUAAUUGCUGGAUUUUAAUUGAUUUAUUCCAUGUAUAUACAAUACUGAUUAUGUCUUUGAUCAAUAUUUUUUGUUAGUAAUAGAACUGGAAAUUCAUGUAAGAGUUUUAACUGUACAAGAAAAUGUUAUUUUGACAAAUCACCCAGAAAUGUAAUAAAUAGUACUAAAGGCAACUUUUAGAUAUCAAUUUGGUAGAUAGAAGUGUCACAUAUAGAGAAACUCUGAUCAUGUCUGAGGGUUAAUCUGCAUGCUCAGCUGAUACAUGCUUACAGACCCCUUACAACAUUCAACCGAAGUAGCUUAGGAAUUGAAAAAAAUUCUUAUUGCUUUACAAUAGAAGCAAGAAAAUGUCCUUUUCCUAUAGACAAGCAAUAAAAAUUGAUUAAACUAUAA